AUGGCGUCGGCCGAUGGGCUAUCGGCCCCGGGGUCGGCGACCUAUGAUUCGGAUACGCUGACCGUUGGCGAUGGCACUUGGGACUUCACCAAGAACACAUUCCUGUUGCCGAACCUAGUUGGACUGAAUUUCGAUACCAUGCAAUACAAUGGCAUGGGCAAUCGCUUCUCGACACUUACACAAUACCAUUCAUUAAUAACAGGCCAUGGGGUCAUCGCCGCCAUCACUUUCUUGUUCAUCGUCCCCAUCGCCGUCAUGUACGCGAGGUUCCACAGAGGGGAUUUGAGGAGGGUCAGACGGAUGCACGCAUACUUGCAGGUUCUUGCUGUUGGUCUCUCUACCGUCGUCUUUGUACUCGGGUAUUUUGCAGUAGGGCCGACACGAAGCUUGACGAAUCCACACCACGGUAUCGGAGUCGCCAUCUAUACCUUGAUCCUUCUCCAAGCCAUCGGAGGCCGCAUGGUCAAGAAUAUCUACAAGAAGUCAUUCAGACUCAUGGUCCAUCGGUGGUUCGGAAGGGCCAUUGGAAUCCUAGGCAUUGUCCAGGUCCCGCUCGGACUCACCCUUUAUGGCUCGCCAAAGUUCACCUUCAUCCUGUACGCUGUAUGGAUGGCGUUCCUUGUCCUGCUAUACUUCAUCCUAAGCUGGCGCCAAGACCGUCGGGAUGACCUAGUCAUCCCUGGAGGCCGGUCUGAAGGUGGUGUCACAGCAUCAGAACGCAAGUCAAAGCAUGGACACGGGUGGUUAGGUCCGCUGGCAGCAGGAGCCGGUGCUUUCGCCCUCCUGCGCGGACGGAAACGUGGAAAUGAACGAAGCAGGAGCCGAAGCCGAUCUCGAUCACGGAGUCGCGGACCUCCAGAGGUCAUUCCGUCUCGAAGGGGCUCUGCGAGUUAUAUGGCAGACGAGAAGUAUUCUGAACGCACCGACCGCAGUGGCGGAGGAUUCAUGAAUAAGUUGCUUGGCGUAGCUGGGGUUUUGGGCGCGGGAGCGUUGGUUAAGAGGAUUGUGGAUCGAAGAGAGAAACGGAGGUAUGACGAGGAGUAUUCAGCGGUUUCGACGGACACUCCCAGUCGGAUGAGACCGCAACGUUCGCGGCUAGCUCGGAAACGCCCCGGCCCUGAUGACUACACCGAAUCCGAGUUCACUGAAGACCGGACCGAACUCAGUAGGAGGCCACGCACUCCAUUGUUACCAGGGCCCGGCGAUCCCGUUGCUGCGGCCGCGGCUCUGAGCGCUGCAGAACCUCGCCCGAGGACACCACGGCCGUCACAUGCUCGACCUCCACAUGCUAGACACGACAGUCAUGAGGAAUCAAGCUAUUCGUCCUAUGUCAGCCCGUCGAGGCGGGCCAGAGAGGAUGAUGAAGGUGGCGGUGGGCUAGGGAAGGGUCUCCUUGCUGGUCUGGGUCUAGGCUGGUUUACCAAGAAGAUGAAGGACCGCCGAAGCCGAAGAGAAGAGGAGGACAGGCUGCGGUUGGAAGAUGAAAGGCGGGACGGACGCCAUGGCUCUAGGUUCACAGGAGACGGCUUCGGCACUCCGACACGAUCAUCACGACGUCGGCCAUCACGAGGCGCUGCCCCAACUGCUAAUACCCUCACCGAAGAGACAGGAUCUUCCAUGCUUGAAGGUCCUCCUCCGGGUGCUAGAUAUAGUGGACCUCCCAUGCCGCCGCUGGGUGCUGGGUAUGGCGGACCUCCCAUGCCGCCGCUGGGUGCAGGAGGCGCACCACCCAUUGUGCCAAUCGCCGGUUCGCACUCUAGGCAUUCCAGGUCAGAAUCAAGAUCCAGACACGAUACUGCUGCAGAUUCGGUUGCGAUGCCACCCAUGCCUCCUGACCCUCACGGAGUGUUACGUCCAAUACAUCACGGAUCGGGAAGCGACUCGUAUGCCUCUGCAGGCGGAGGACCGCACAGGCGGCAUUCAUCACGACGUCGUAGAGAGGCGGACAAAGCUGCAGCCGCGGCCGCUAAGAGCGCUGCAGGAUUAGCUGCUGCGGAGGAAGGUACCUCGCGGCGGAGAGAUCGCAGCCGCAGCCGAGCCCCAAGUCAGCCUGUCAGCGUCAAGGUGAAAUACCACGACGACAGAGACAAGAAUGUGACGCUACGGCGCCUUACCGAUGACGAGGCACGCCGCGAACGUCGCAGGAAUAGGUCAAACUCCAUGAGCAGUCUCUCGGGAAGCGAAGCACCUGGCCGUCGACGGUACCGACGCAAUUCCGGUUCACGUAGAGCUGCCGACGAAGCUGCAGCAGAGCGGCUAGUAGAGCCACUCUCACCACCGGCACCAGCAUUUGCUGAAGGACGACGAGCAGGAAAGGACUCGGCAUAUUACUCGGGUCAGCCAGGUCCGUCGGGCGCAACACCCAUGGCGGCACAGACUUUCUCUAGCAUAGACAGUCCAGAAAGCCACGGGACAUGGAGCGCGAUGAGUCCGAUGAGCCCGUCACCCAGUGGGCCGGCGGCAGAGCGGCCGGCAGGUUCGGCCGCGGCAUCCGCUGCAGAAAGACGGAAACGAAGAAGGGAGCAGAGAAGGCCGCCUUCGGGGACGGUGGACUUCAGCUGA